AUAGAUCUAGGAAUGUGACACCAUAAAACUGGUCAGUGUGUCUUGGGGUUUCAUUUUCAACUCUCACAAAAGAAAGAGGGUUCCUGCGAUCUCCUGGAGAACCUAGAUUUUCCGGAGGAGAGAUUCACCCGCUGAGGGAACCAGGACCAUGAGGAUUUUCUCUGUUUUGCUUUGGAUUCUUUUCCCAGGCUGCUGUGCGGUGACGGGCCCCGGGGCAGUGCGCGGCCCCCCGGGCGGGUCGGUGGCUGUGCGGUGCGGGUACCCGAUGGGCUAUGAGGAUUAUCCGAAGUUCUGGUGCCGGACAGGAGGUUGGUUCUGUUUCAACGGGCUUCGCAUCGUUGAGACCAAUGGGUCGGAGGCGGAGGUGAUGGGGGACAGAGUCUCCAUCCGAGACAAUCACACCCAGCGCGUGUUCACUGUGACCCUGGAGAACCUGACAAGGGCAGACGCCGGCACGUACCACUGCGGGGUAGUGAGAACUGCGCUUCCUAAUCUCAGGGACGCUGUGGAAGUCACCGUCUCCCCAGCUGUUCCUUCCCCAAGCCCGACUGCAAGGACACCACAUGCAACAAAGCAGCCAGAUUCGCCUCCUCCAACAAAGGCUGAAUCCAGUUUCUCCCCUACGGCACACACCACUCCUGCACGAUUCCAACCUAGCAUCAUCUGUUUCCUGCUCCUGAUGUUAUUGAAGGUUCUCCUCUUCCUGUGCAUAGUCUGUGCUGUGAUCUGGGUGAGCGCACGCUACAGGAGGAGCCACAGGGAGAUGGUGCCAGACAGACAAGCUCAGGAACUGCCUCUCUGCUAGCUCUUAGCAACGGAUCGGAACUAGCAGAAGGAGGAUUCAUUUUCCAGCUUUGUACCAAGUAUCCCACACCAUGGGCCUGAUUUUCUUCUCAUGACAAGUGAAGCUAUUUCCCUCAUGUUCUCAGAGGAUGAAGUCUGCUGGAGGUGUCUGUCUCGAUGUUUCCCAGGCCAGGAUAUGUAAGGAAGUGUAACUCCACUGAAGUCCCAGAACCAAAUACAGGGUCAGACCCAGCAGUGACAGAGGCUGCCCCAAGUUAGCUGGGCUCUACAUAGUCACAGGACCUCAGGUGAAAUGCGGGAGCUGUCACCAGGUGUUCUCCAGAAGGGAUCGUGUGCAUGGAAUUCCCUCUCUCCCUCCAUCUGGAUUAUCCCAGACACGUUGACACUGCAAAGGCCAUCUCAUUUUCCAGGCUUCUGGGGAAGUGGGGUGUACUGAGAACUGGGAUUUGUGCAUUGAGGCUCGGGAUCAUGCUAAUGGAAUCACAUUUUUUCCUAAAGCAAAGACAUUUAUGAAAGAAAACAGACACAACUGCUGCACAGGGAGACAGACUUCCACACAGCUUGAGUCCCAGCUUGCCGGGUUGCUUACCCAGCCCCACACCCUCUCUGGGACAAUGUACAGUUCACACAGACACCUACUGGGUGAAUGAUGUAACUGCAAGCACACAUAUUAUUGACGAAUAUUCUUUUUAACCCCUUCCUAGACUUGGGAAGGCUGCUGUGUUUAGUUUUGUAUUUUUAGUUUAUGGCAAAUGCACCUGGAGCCCUGGAUACAAUUUCUUAUGUUUUAGAUAAGUAAGUAAAUACAUAAAAUAUUUUACAUUAAAUUACUGGAACAUUACAGGGACCAAAAUUCUCACACAUUGAAUUGUAGUCCAUGUCAAUCUGUUCUGAGCAAGAACAUGAACCAAUGAACAAAGCGUGGCUUGACAGUAGCCUUGUAAAUAUGUAAAAGAUGUAGCUAGGAGAUCAUAGGAUAGUAAGCAGCAUGUGAUUGCUUGUGGCAUGUGAACAGCUCAUGAUCUAGACAUGGAUUGGCUACAAAAAUUAGUGGACCAAUCAUGGAGUGUGUGAUCUGAUCUAUUAACCAGUAGUAUUAAGUGUAAGUAUGUCUAGAAGCUGAUUCAUGAUUAUGUACAUCCCCCUGUACCCACCCUCUACCCUUGAGCCUGAUCAACUGAAGUAUACCUUGAUUGUAUGCCAAGACAGAAACCUCAGUGAUGCAUUCGGGGUCAAGCUGAGUCCUUGGGAACCAGAUGGAUAAAGUCUCAAAGGCUACCCCAGCAGCUCACCGGUUACACAUACUCUCUUUUUUGUUCAUUUCCACCUUCUGGUUUAUAGACUGUGUAACAGGGGCAGGGGGAGAGAACAGAGAACAGGCAAUGAGACACCAAAUGAGAGAAAUAAAUGUUUCAGGUUUCAG